AGGCCAGAAAACCAUGCAGUCAUCAGGGCACAGAUUCCGUGAUGUUGAGCACCACCCACUUCUUGCUGAAAAUGACAACUAUGAUUCCUCUUCCUCGGAGGCCGACAUGGCGGAGAGGGUUUGGUUCAUCCGAGAUGGCUGUGGUAUGGUCUGUGCUAUAAUGACAUGGCUUCUGGUUGUCUAUGCAGACUUCGUAGUGACUUUUGUCAUGUUGCUGCCUUCCAAAGACUUUUGGUACUCUGUGAUCAACGGUGUUCUCUUUAACUGCUUGGCAGUACUAGCUUUGUCAUCACAUCUGAGAACUAUGCUAACUGAUCCAGGGGCUGUACCCAAAGGAAAUGCCACUAAAGAAUACAUGGAUAAUUUGCAACUGAAACCAGGAGAAGUGAUCUACAAAUGUCCAAAAUGCUGUAGUAUCAAACCUGAACGUGCACACCAUUGCAGUAUUUGCAAACGAUGUAUUCGAAAGAUGGAUCACCACUGCCCCUGGGUGAAUAAUUGUGUGGGGGAGAAAAAUCAGAGAUUUUUUGUUCUGUUUACGAUGUAUAUAGCCCUAAUUUCAGCUCAUGCGCUCAUACUGUGUGGGUUUCAGUUUUUCUCCUGUGUCCGAGGGCAGUGGACUGAAUGCAGUGAUUUCUCCCCACCUGUAACUGUGAUCCUGAUGAUCUUCUUGUGCCUUGAGGGUUUUCUGUUUCUCACUUUCACUGCAGUCAUGUUUGGCACCCAAAUCCACUCAAUAUGCAAUGAUGAAACGGAGAUUGAAAGACUGAAGAGUGAAAAACCAACAUGGGAACGGAGACUACGUUGGGAAGGAAUGAAAUCUGUUUUUGGGGGUCAGCCUUCACUCCUGUGGAUCAAUCCUUUUGCAGGAUUUCGAAUCAGGCGACUUCUACUGAGAGCAAAGAAAGGAGGACCUGAGUUUUCUGUUUGAGUCUAAUUAUGCUGGAACUUGGAAGAAUACUAUAUAAUAUUUAUUUGGGGCCAGAGAAGGCUGUCUACUUAUAAUCUGUGACCAGGUGAAACUGAUACCAGACAUUUGCUUGUAGCAAGCAGUUUUAUACGUUUAUUGUCACAGACAUCUCAUUAACUUUCAGAGACGCGAACUGGAUCUGUAAUGGUCUUAACAGCAAGAUAACAAAGGAAAAGCACGUGAUCACACUAAAGAAGCCAAAUGUUGUCAUGCUACUGUAAUUUAUGAGAUUAAUUAUCCAUUUUUGUUAAACCCUUUUGAUUUGGUAAAUGUUUGGGGAAUUACCUGUGUGUUUUUAUAAAA